UUAUGAAAUUAUUCAAUGAUACUGAACCUAUUAAUGCCACAAUUAACGAAAGGUCUAACGAACUAUUUGAUAAAACAAUAAGCAAAAACAAUAAUAUAGGUCACCAACUCAUAUAUAACACAGACUUUUCAGAUGAAGAAUCAAAA